CUUGUGUCAGCAACUUGAAGCGGUCGGGCGAGGUACAUAUAUCCAACCCAAGUAAUUGAAACAUCGAAGCAUGGCAGCACCUCUCUACACAACAGCUUCGGGCUUGCUGUUUCACGCUGGAAAGAUCCUCAUCUUAACAGUUGGCUUACCCGCUCGUGGCAAAACACACAUUUCUCGCGCGCUCGAACGUUAUCUCAGAUGGAUGGGCGUGAAGACUCAGGUCGUAUCUCUAGGUGACUAUCGACGGAAGACCCUUGGUGGUGCCAAGAAACUGCCUCCAGAUUACUUCACGUUAGGUGAGAAGAGCCCAGAGACCAUGGCAUUGCGCAAGAUGGUGUCGGAUGGCUGCGAAAAGCUCAUCGGAGACUUCUUUGAGUCCGGUGGACAGGUCGUGAUUUAUGAUGCCAACAAUGGUUCGCGAACUACGCGGCAGGCCUUAGCAGAGAAGUACGACAAGCAGGGAAUCCAUGUGAUCAUCCUUGAGUCUGUGUGCGAUAAUAAUGAGAUUAUAGAGACCAAUAUCCGAAACGUCAAGAUAUCCUCUCCUGAUUAUCGCGGCUGGGAUCCAGACAAGGCAGUGCAAGAUUACUAUGAACGAAUCCGUGAUCGCGAAAAAUCGUAUGAGACGGUUGAAGAAACCACUUGGCCAUUUAUCCGUAUAAUAAAUGUAGGCGAGAAGAUGAUGGUCAAUAACAUUCGUGGUUAUUUGCAGUCGCGAAUUGUCUUCUUCCUCAUGAAUAUCCACAACAGACCCCGCAUGAUUUAUUUUGCUCGGUCCGGACAAUCACUCAUUGAACAUUCUUACAAAGCUGACUCGGAUCUUUCUCCUGCGGGGUGGGAAUACUCUGAGCGGCUGAAAGAGUUCGUGGUCGAGCGACGUGCCAAAUCGCUCGAGCAGCGUGGGUUCGACCCUAAUGAUAGACGCCUAGUUAUCUGGACCUCAACUCGGCGUCGUGCUCACCACACCGCUUGGCCAUUCCUGACCCCGACACCCUCCACUUCAAUUCCGCAACAACUCCCUCUUGCCACCUCUCAUCUCACCGUACCGCCACAGUCUGCGGUUGCACGGAAUGUGGUAACCACAGACGAAGCUGGAGAGCUGACAGAAACAAAAGUUACCACUAGCUCGUCUUUGAAAGUUAAGGUGAUCGAGAAAACGCAGAUGUGCGAGAUCAACCCUGGGGUCUGGGACGGCCUCACUCCCGAUCAAGCGAAGAAGUUCUACCCUCAGGAGUGGGCAAGAUUCGUCAAGGAUCCAUACGCGUUCCGCGCUCCCAGAGCUGAGAGUUAUCACGAUUUAUCUGUUCGCUUGGAACCUAUCUUGAUUGAAUUGGAACGUGAAAAAGAAGAUCUCUUGAUUAUCGGACACUCUUCUGUCAUCCGAUGCCUUCUUGCGUAUCUGAUCGGAUUGCCUGCGAGCGAGAUACCCGCAAUUGAGAUUGCGAGAGGUGACUUGUUGGAAGUUGUUCCGACUUCCUAUGGAGUGCACAGCCAAGCUUUCCACUUUUGGGAUGGUCCUGGUCGACGGGGCGAAGGCAUCGACGGGGAUGGCGACCACGAGGACGAAGAGGUUGGGAAGUCAAGGAGAGAUGAGACAAACUUUUACGAGAAUUAUGCAGAGGACACGAAGGGGAAAAAGAGAAUGACCGCUAUGGAUCUGGGGUGCCUUUCCCCUGGUAUCUGGGAAGGUGGCGACGGGACUCUGGCUGGUGGAACCUGACUCGCACCUUAACAAUUUUAGCAAUUUCUCAGGCUGUAUACUACACUGGUAUCAAAUGGAUACGUUGCACGCUUCCA